AUGCCGAGCUAUCGCAACAGCAACAAGCGAACUCUCGAAGAGGUCGCCAUGGCCGAGGAUCCUGACGACGAUGACUACGAUGACCACGCCCCGAGACCGUCAAGAACCCGUCCCAGCAAGUCUCGUCGAACAGGUCCCCCAGCGCGCAAGAAGCAGAAACGUGGGUACAGAGGCUCGGAUAUCGACACUGAUGGCGAAGAGGUUUCAUCUGACGAAGAGUCUUUCGAGGAUGAAGAGUCUGAGGAAGAAGAGGUUGAGACGAAUGAAAGAGGUCGACCCGUCCGCAAAAGUGUGAAGAAGACUGUAACAUAUGAAGAGUCGGAUGAGUCCGAGGACGAACUCACAAAGGAAUCGUCCAGCGAACCUGAGACUCCGCCGCCCAGAGGAACCAGCAAACAACUGAUUGUGACUCUAAAGACAACUCCCAUGGCGAAACGGGAGUCCACGCGCAACCGAAAUUACGGGGUGAAGCAGCCGUCGACUGCUGCCACAGACGCACCAGGGCUUCAUAGAAGAAGAAGCAGCCGUCUAUCGCAUGAUCCGGAAGAAAAUCUGGUUGCUCUGACUGAUUCGGGCCGCCACGCUCAAGUUAUCCGAGCAACCUCGCCGGGCCCAGACAGUUCAAGCGUCCCCGAGCGGGCAACCAGAGGCGGGAAGAGCUUGAAAUACCCAUCAAAGAGCACCAUUGAUGAAGAAUCACAAUCAGCAGCCCUGGGCGAGGAGGCAGAAGAAGGCGAGGAAGAGGCCGAGCUUGUAGGUGAAGAGGUGCUGGAAAUCAAAGCUUCGCAACAUGAGAUGCUUGAGAGUGAUGCUCAGGAUGCAGAGGAGGACGUUGAUCACGCCCCACCCAGAUUGCUGUCAGACAUUUACGAUCACGCUGAAGCUGAAAGUGACGGCGACGACGACUUUGCGGCAGAGCAGGCGCCUGCCACUCAAGAAGAGGCGCCAGCGAAGGAAGAUGCAGACGAGGAAGAGGAUGAGGACGAUGUGAUCCCUCGGAGACGACUGACUAGAGGCGCCUCUAAGAGACAGGCUGAGUCCCCUGCAUUUGAACCUGAACAAUCACCGAGGCGCACGCGUGGACGUGGCUUACGAAGUGGUGCAAAGCAAGCCGCAUCUCGCAGUCGUCGGCGCAAGGCACAGGAGGAAAGCAGCGACUUCGAUCCAGACGAAGAACAAGCUGCUCAAGACGAGCUGUCUAGCAGUAGCGGCUCUGAACUUUCACCUCAAAAGCCAGAUGAAGACGACAGUAGCAACAACGGACGUAGAUCGACCCGUCUUCGAAGCAAGGCAGCCUCGCGGCAGAGAUCAGAAGCAAGUGAUGCUGAUGAGCUUGCCGCAGAAGUUGAGGAGCUCAAACGAGACGAGAAGAAGAAACGGCGCGAACGAGAGGAAAUCGUUUUCGAGCCACGGCAGCGAAGAGGCGGCAAGAAGCCAAAUUACGACCUGCUUAGGAAUCUGGCCCCCAUCGAAGACGAGGAAGAGCCUGCGCCAUCUCCUUCGCAACGCCCACGGAGAGCAGCAGGCGGCGGAUGGCAGAGAAGUCUCUUCAAUACUUAUGGACCGUUUGGUGGAGGCGGAGGCGCUGCACCAGUCCUUGGAGAAGGCCCUCCUCGAGCUCAAGGCGACGUCGAUUCAGAUAGCAGUGACGACGAGGUCAUGAAGCGACCAAGACCUGUGGGCGGUACGGUUGGAAUGACGCCGACCACUGGCGGUGCCUUCAAUCUAUUUCCGCAAACACACAAUGCAGAUCCUGCGCAAGCAGCUGGCGGCACUCCGGCAAACUUGGGCAAGCUCAAAGACAAACAGGCGCUUGCAGACGCGGAUCCUUUGGGCGUUGACCAGAACGUAAACUUUGACAGCGUCGGUGGCCUUGCGGGUCACAUCGAUCAGUUGAAAGAAAUGGUGGCCCUGCCCCUUCUCUACCCAGAGAUCUUCUUGCGCUUCAAAAUCACCCCUCCUCGUGGUGUUUUGUUCCACGGCCCCCCUGGAACGGGUAAAACGUUGCUUGCCCGAGCUCUAGCCACCAGCGUAAGUUCUCAAGGGCGAAAAGUCACCUUUUACAUGCGGAAAGGUGCGGAUGCAUUGAGUAAAUGGGUGGGUGAAGCGGAAAGACAACUGCGGUUGCUCUUCGAAGAAGCUCGAAAGAACCAACCCAGUAUCAUUUUCUUCGAUGAGAUUGAUGGUCUUGCCCCAGUUCGGUCCAGCAAACAGGAGCAGAUUCAUGCAUCCAUUGUGUCCACUCUGCUGGCCUUGAUGGAUGGUAUGGAUGGAAGGGGUCAAGUCAUAGUCAUCGGAGCCACUAAUCGACCUGAUUCAAUCGAUCCUGCUCUCAGACGACCUGGGAGAUUCGACCGAGAGUUCUACUUCCCUCUACCGAACAUCGAUGGCCGAAGAGCCAUCAUUGAUAUUCAUACCAAGGGCUGGGAUCCUCCUCUACCUGGGGACAUCAAGGACGAGCUAGCUAAGUUGACAAAGGGCUACGGCGGUGCAGACCUUCGUGCACUAUGCACUGAAGCAGCUCUCAAUGCGGUCCAACGCCGGUAUCCACAAAUAUACAGCUCCUCAGAAAAGCUACUCAUUGACCCCAAGACAAUUGAAGUAACACCCAAGGAUUUCAUGAUUUCACUGAAGAAGAUGACGCCUUCUUCGGAACGGUCAACAUCCUCUGGGGCCUCUCCGCUGCCUCCUAAUGUCGAGCCACUUCUACGCAACCAGCUUGCAGAGAUUGAGAAACGCCUUACAGAUGCGCUGCCGCGAAAGAAGCCCCCUACCGCCUUGGAAGAAGCCCAAUACGAGGACGUCGCUGAUGGCCAUAGUUUUGGACGAGAAAAGAUGCAACAAGCGUUCGAGACUUCUCGAGUCUUUCGUCCACGCUUGCUCAUACAAGGCAAAAUUGGAAUGGGUCAACAAUAUCUUGCUGCUGCUAUUCUUCACCACUUCGAAGGUCUCCACGUGCAAGCAUUUGAUCUACCAACACUUCUGAGUGAUACGACCAGUUCAGCGGAAUCUACUCUGACCAGGCUCUUCUCCGAAGUCAAGAUGCACAAGCCAAGUGUGAUUUUCAUUCCAAACGUUCAGGAAUGGUGGGAUCGGGUCGGAGAAACUGUUCAUUCGAUCUUUCUAGGCCUUUUGAGGUCUGUCAAACCGACGGAUCCUGUAUUGCUGCUCGGCUACAUCGAAGGAAAUCCCGACGAGAUUGAUGAGGACAUGAGACGCCUCCUUUUUGGGUAUUCUCCCAAGAAUCAAUUUCAGUUGCAAGUUCCUAAUCGCGAUGAGCGAUAUGAGUUCUUCCGGGUCCUCAAGGACUACAUCAAGACUGCUCCCAAUGAGUUUCCUAAUCCAAAACAUCGCAAGAAGCGCGAACUCGAAAGAUUACCAGUGGCACCCGUGGAAGAAAAAAGACCGCCGCCAAUGUCCAAGGAGGAACUCAAGGCGCAGAAGAAGAAAGACCGACUUACUCUCAACAUGCUCAAGCUCCGUUUGCAGCCUAUCAUGGAUCAAAUUCGGACCAAGUACAAGAAAUUUCGGACUGGCGUGAUUGACGAAAGCCAGAUUCGCUAUCUCUACGACGAGGCUGACCCAGCUACUGUCACUUCUGAUCUGCAAACCGAAGUUUUAGCUCAUGCCUCUUACAGACCCUUUGAAAUCGGCAAGGACGCUCAUGGGGUGUUGGGUCUUGUGGACCAAGGCAAUGACAAUUUCUACUACAACCUUGAUUCGGUGACCAUCGAAAAGCGUCUAAGCAAUGGCUAUUACAAGCGCCCGAAGGAUUUUCUCGCCGACAUAAAGCGUCUGGCCAAAGACGCGAAGAUGAUUGGUGAUGAAGACCGAUUACUCAAGGCAAAUGAGCUUGUUGCCAACGUCGAGGUUGACAUUGCAGCCAUCGAGAUGGGCGAGCCUGCUUUGAAUGCUGAAUGUGAAAGAGUUUAUGAACGCGAACUCGCCCGUGAAAGGGAGGUGUUGGAGAAGGCCCAAGCAAUGAGCGAGCGGAACAAGGAAAUGCCUCCGCCUCAAAUCACCUCAAACGUGGCUCAUGGCAAUUCUGGGCCCUCUGUCACCACAGAAUCUACCGGCCCUGUUCUUCUGGGUGAGCCGAUGCAACGACGGCGUGAUUUUGCGCAACGACUGGCCCCUGUCACAGUAGAUGGCGCAGAAUCUGCUUCUGUGCUCACCAACGGCCUACAUCCCCAUGAUGAGCUCGCGCAUAGUGACUUCACAAAUGGUGCUCCGCAAGCAGAUGUCGAGGGUGAUACGCCAAUGGGCGGCGUCGAAUCUCACCCUGCAUCCAACGACAAGACCAAUGACACUCAGAGAACGCAUACAACGAGUUCAUAUGGUCAUCGUGAAUCCGCACAGCCCAGACCAUUACAUACGUGGACAGCACCUUCGCAACAACUACUCAAGGAAUCGGGAAUCUCAGCACCACGAUCCCAGACAGGCCCGUUCACCCCCUUGCCUCACGGCAGCCAGGCUGCUGAUCUCCAGAACGACGCGAGCACAACAGAGACUCCAACCGAGAAGAAGACAUCUUCUGGUGACCUCGACCAUGAAACGGGACCCAACCUGUACGAGUAUCCCGAGGCUCGAUCUGCAGCAGGCAGCCAGAUCCCUUCCACCCAAGGUACGCGCAAUCGUUUGAAUGGACCCCUCUCGAGAGUGACUUCUUCCCCCUUUACCCGCGUUUUUAAUGUCGCAGCUCCCGUUGCGUUGGCUUCCAAUUACCCACUUCCUUUCACGCCCAAGUCUAUCCCUGACUCUGGAUCAUUUGACUUGAUGACAACGCGUGUUUUCUUCACUGAGCUAAUCAAUUCCGGUUGCGUAGGAAAUGUGCCCGCUUCUCAAGAUUUCGUUGACACACUCGCCGGUGCUACCCAUAUCCGACCUCCGUCGUCCCCUCCACACGGCCAAGGUCAGGGCCAGGGCAAUGGUCAUGGGCCCUCUUCACAGCCACCGGUCCCGCAGUUCAACGAGCAGCGACGACCGUCACAAUCAAAUGGGCCUGUUGGUAUACAAGGGCUCCUAAACCCUUCAGAGUCGUCGCAGACACCGACCACCACCGUGACGACGCCAACAACACGAGCAAACCUCGUGCAGGUCGAGGAGCGGAUAUUGGACAAUUUCAUCGCCGAAAUCACCGACAGAUCUACCAAACUCUCAGUAGAGCAAUUGGAGCAAGUGAACUCUGUGCUUAUGGAUACCUUAUGGGUGACUCGAGACGAUUGGGAUCGUGGAAGGGUUUUGCAACAAAUGGCCGAGAAUUUCAAUCUGGUCCUGGACGACAUGAGGAAGGCAGGACAGGAACUACCCGAGUCCGGGAGCUGGGGGAGAAAGGAGUGA